GCAACUCCCCAUCCGACGAGUCGGAGGAGCGUGAGAGGGACCCCAAGGUGCUGACAUUCCCCGAAUACAUCGCCAGCCUCUCCGAGUCUGGGACCAAGCGGAUGGCAGCCGGCGUCCGCCUUGAGUGCCGGAGCAAAGGCCGGUGCCCCUCAUCCUGCCCCCUGUGCCAUGUGCCAGCCAACUCAGACACACCUGCCGAGCCUGUUUUGUUGGAGGUCACCAGAGCAGCCCCCAUCUAUGAGCUGGUGACCAACAACCAGACGCAGAGGCUCUUGCAGGAGGCCACCAUGAGCUCUCUGUGGUGCUCGGGGACUGGUGACGUGAUCGAAGACUGGUGCCGAUGUGACUCCACGGCCUUCGGAGCCGACGGGCUCCCCACGUGUGCUCCACUGCCUCAGCCCGUGCUCCGGCUGUCCACGGUCCACGAGCCCAGUAGCACCCUGGUGGUCCUGCAGUGGGUACACUCGGAACCUCUCAUUGGGGUGCACAUCGUCGAUUACCUCAUCCGCCAGGAGAAGGUCACCGAUAGGAUGGAUCACUCCAAACUGGAGACAGAAACGGUGCUGAGCUUCGUGGACGAUAUCAUCUCCGGUGCCAAGUCACCCUGUGCCAUGCCUGCCCAGGUGCCAGACAAGCAGCUCAGCACCAUCUCCCUCAUCAUCCGGUGCUUGGAGCCCGACACGCUUUACAUGUUCACCCUGUGGGGCGUGGACAACACGGGCCGCCGCUCCAGGCCCAGUGACGUCAUCGUGAAGACCCCCUGCCCCGUGGUGGAUGACGUCAAGGCCCAAGAGAUCGCGGACAAGAUCUACAACCUGUUCAAUGGGUACACCAGCGGGAAAGAGCAGCAGACGGCUUACAACACCCUCCUGGACCUGGGCUCCCCGACCCUGCACCGGGUCCUCUAUCACUAUAACCAGCACUACGAGAGCUUCGGGGAGUUUACCUGGCGCUGUGAGGAUGAGCUGGGCCCCAGGAAAGCCGGCCUCAUCCUGGCACAGCUCGGGGACCUGAGCAGCUGGUGCCACGGGCUUCUGCAGGAGCCCAAGAUCAGCCUGCGCCGCAGUGGCCUGAAGUACCUGGGCUGCCGCUACAGCGAGAUCAAGCCCUACGGCCUGGACUGGUCCGAGCUCAGCCGCGACCUCAGGAAGACGUGCGAGGAGCAGAGCCUCAGUGUCCCCUACAACGAGUACGGCGACAACAAGGACAUCUAG